AUGCUGGCGCCGAUUCCGAUUGCGAGUACCAAUCCUGCGCGUGUCGGUUUGGCUGGGAUCAACAUGACCAGUUAUCUUGACCAAACUCCGGCGUCUUCUAGUCUGCUGACCUUUAGGAUGGGAGGAGAGGGAGAGUUCCCUAACUCCUAUGGUCGGACGGGUUACAUUUACGAGCUUUCGAAAGAGACUGAAAACUUGAAUCCAAUGAUUUCGAAGAUGGCGCCCGAUUCAGGUGUUAAGGGCCAUGUGCUCGUGGUUUUGCUAGACGAUAACGGGUUUCAAGUGGACGCUACUCAUGCCGAUAUCAGACCUAUCUGCAUUGGUGUUGCUCGUGCACUUUUAACCCGCCGUGCCGACAUCCAAUCCAUGCUCGCUUUCGACAAGCUCGACGUUCCGAUAGCCUUCUUUACGGAAUUCCAAGAGCUUCCCGAAUACCAGUUCACCGCGGCAAUGUCUACUGUAUCCCUGUCUUCUCUUCUGCUUGUAUGA